AUCUAUCCAUCUAUCUAUCUAUCAUCAUCUAUCAUCUCAUCCAUCAUAUCUAUCUAUCAUAUCUAUCCAUCCAUCUCAUUCUGUUCAUAUUUAUCUAUCUAUUUAUCCAUCUAUCUAUCUCAUUCUGUUCAUAUCUAUCUAUCUAUCCAUUUAUCCAUCCAUCUCAUCUGUUCAUAUCUAUCCAUAUUCUGUUCAUAUCCAUCCAUCUAUCUAUCUAUCUUAUUCUGUCCACAUCCAUCUAUCUCAUCAUCAUCCAUCCAUCAUAUCUAUCUAUCUAUCUAUCUCAUCCCAGUCUGUUCAUAUCCAUCCAUCUCAUAUCUAUCAUCCAUCCAUCCAUCUAUCCAUCUAUCUAUCCAUCUAUCUAUCUAUCUUCAUUCCAUGUUCAUCCAUCUAUCUAUCUAUCUUAUCUAUCAUAUCUAUCAUCCAUCCAUCCAUCCAUCAUUCUGUCCAUCCAUCUAUCUAUCCAUCCAUCUAUCUAUCUAUCCAUCUAUCUAUCCAUAUUUCUAUUUAUCUAUCAUCUAUCUAUCAUCCAUCCCAUCUAUCUCCAUCCAUCUAUCCAUAUCAUCAUCCAUCCAUCUCAUCAUGUCUACAUCCAUCCAUCCAUCCAUCUAUCCAUCUAUCCAUCCAUCUAUCUCAUCUAUCCAUCUAUCAUCUAUCCAUCUCAUAUCCAUCAUUAUCAUAUCUAUCCAUCUAUCUCAUUGUUCAUAUCUAUCCAUAUCUAUCUCAUUUCUGUUCACAUCUAUCCAUCUAUCUAUCCAUCUUAUUCUGUUCACAUCCAUCUAUCAUCCAUCCCAUCAUCCAUCUAUCUAUCUAUCUAUCUAUCUCAUUCUGUUCAUAUCCAUCUAUCCAUCCAUCUAUCUAUCUCAUUCUGUUCAUAUCUAUCGAUCUAUCCAUCUCAUCCAUCUAUCCAUCAUCUAUCUAUCUAUCCAUCCAUCCAUCUAUCCCCUAUCUAUCUAUCCAUCCAUCUAUCUAUCUAUCAUCCAUAUCAUCCAUCUAUCCAUCCAUCUAUCUAUCUAUCUAUCCAUCUAUAUAUCUAUCUAUAUCUCAUUCUGUCCAUAUCUAUCUAUCUAUCUAUCUCAUUCUUUUCCAUCUAUCCAUCCAUCCAUCCAUCCAUCCAUCUAUCCUAUCCUUAUCCAUCCAUCCAUCAUCCAUCCAUCCAUCCAUCAUCUCAUUUAAUAUCUAUCUAUCUAUCCAUCCAUCCCUGUCCACAUCUCAUCUAUUCAUUCUAUCCAUCCAUCCAUCCAUCCAUCCAUCAUCUAUCUCAUCUGUUCAUAUCCAUCCAUCCAUCCAUCAUCCAUCCAUCCAUCUAUCAUCUAUCUAUCUAUCCAUCUAUCUAUCUAUCUAUCUCAUUCUGUUCCAUCUAUCCAUCUAUCUAUCCAUCCAUCUAUCUAUCUUAUUCUGUCCAUAUCCAUCUAUCUAUCCAUCUGUCUAUCUAUCUAUCUAUCCAUCUAUCUCAUCCCCCAUCCAUCCAUCCAUCCAUCCAUCAUCCCAUCCCUGUCUAUCUAUCUAUCUAUCCAUCCUAUCUAUCUAUCCAUCUAUCCAUCAUCUGUUCUAUCCAUCCAUCAUCAUAUCCAUCUAUCCAUCCAUUUCUCAUAUCUAUCACAUCCAUCCAUCCAUCCAUCCAUCCAUUCUGUUCAUCCAUCCCCAUGUCUACAUUCAUCUAUCUAUCUAUCCAUCCAUCUAUCCAUCCAUCCAUCCAUCCAUCCAUUCAUCCAUCUAUCUAUCUAUCCAUCUAUCCAUCCCAUCCAUCCAUCAUCCAUCUAUCUAUCUCAUUCUGUUCAUAUCCAUCUAUCUAUCUAUCUAUCCAUCCAUCCAUUCUGUCCAUCAUCCAUCCAUCCAUCUAUAUAUCUAUCUAUCUAUCUAUCUAUCUAUCCAUCCUAUCCCAUUCUAUCUAUCCAUCCAUCCAUCCAUCUCACAUCUAUCUAUCUAUCUCAUUUUAUCAUCUAUCUAUCUAUCCACAUUCUGUCCAUAUCAUAUCAUCCUAUCUAUCUAUCUAUCUAUCUAUCUCAUUCUGUUCAUAUCUAUCUAUCUAUCCAUCUAUCUAUCUAUUCAUCUAUCUAUCUAUCUAUCAAACAUUCAUAUCAUUCUGUUCAUAUCUAUCUAUCUAUCCAUCCAUCUAUUAUCCAUCUAUCUAUCUAUCUAUCACUUAUUCCUAUCCAUCUAUCUAUCUAUCAUCCAUCCUAUCUCCAUCUAUCAUUUAUCUAUCAUCUAUCCAUCUAUCCAUCUCAUCCAUCCAUCCAUCUAUCCAUUUCUGUUCAUAUCUAUCUAUCUAUCUAUCCAUCUAUCUAUAUAUCUAUCUCAUCUGUUCAUAUCAUCUAUCUAUCUAUCUUAUUCUGUUCUAUCUAUCCAUCUAUCUAUCUAUCUAUCUAUCUCAUUCUGUCCAUAUCAUCUAUCUAUCUAUCCAUCCAUCUAUCUAUCUCAUCCAUCCAUCCAUAUCCAUCUAUCUAUCAUCUAUCCAUCUAUCUUAUCCAUCCAUCCAUCCAUUCCAUCUAUCUAUCCAUCCAUCCAUCCAUCAUAUCCAUCCAGUCUACAUCCAUCUAUCCUAUCCAUCUAUCCAUCCAUCUCAUUCUGUUUCAUAUCUAUCCAUCCAUCCAUCCAUCCAUCCAUCCAUCCAUCCCAUUCUGUUCAUAUCCAUCCAUCUAUCUCAUUUUCAUCAUAUCUAUCCAUCUAUCUAUCCAUCCAUCCAUCUAUCCAUCUUAUUCUGUUCAUAUCUAUCCAUCCAUUUAUCCAUCCAUCCACAUCUAUCCCAUUCUGUUCCAUCCAUCCAUCUAUUUUUCUCAUAUCAUCCAUCCAUCCAUCUAUCUCAUCUGUUCACAUCUAUCUAUCUAUUUAUCCAUCCAUCCAUCCAUCCAUCCCAUCUAUCAUAUCUAUCUAUCAUCCAUCCAUCUCAUCCUGUCCACAUCCAUCCAUCUAUCUAUCUAUCCAUCUAUCCAUCAUCCAUCCAUCCCAUCUAUCCAUCCUAUCUAUCCAUCCAUCCAUCUAUCUAUCUAUCUAUCAUUCUGUUCAUAUCUAUCAUAUCUAUCCAUCUAUCUAUCCAUUCCAUCAUUCAUCCAUCUAUCUAUCUAUCCAUCUAUCUAUCCCAUUCUGUUCACAUCUAUCUAUCUAUCUAUCUAUCAUAUCCAUCCAUCUAUCUAUCCUACCCAUUCUGUUCUAUCUAUCUAUCCAUCUAUCUAUCAUCAUCCCAUUCUGUUCAUAUCUAUCUAUCUAUCUAUCUAUCCUAUCUAUCUAUCUAUCUAUCUCAUUCUGUUCACAUCUAUCUAUCUAUCUAUCUAUCUAUCUAUCUGUUCAUAUCUAUCAUCUAUCCAUCAUUCAUCUAUCUAUCUGUUCAUAUCUAUCCAUCCAUCUAUCUAUCAUAUCCCAUUCUGUUCAUAUCAUCUAUCUAUCUAUCCAUCUAUCUAUCUAUCUAUCAUCCAUCCAUCUAUUCUAUGUCCACAUCCAUCCAUCUAUCCAUCCAUCUAUCUAUCUAUCUCAUUCUGUUCAUAUCUAUCUAUCUAUCCAUCCAUCUAUCCAUCCUAUCUAUUCUGUCCACAUCAUAUCUAUCUAUCCAUCCAUCCAUCUCAUUCUGUUCUAUCCAUCUAUCUAUCCAUCCAUCUAUCUAUCAUAUUCUGUUCGAUCAUCCAUCCUAUCUAUCCAUCCAUCCAUCCAUAUCUAUCUAUGUCCAUCUAUCCAUUCUCCAUCCCAUCUAUCUAUCUAUCCAUCCAUCCAUCCAUCCAUCCAUCCAUCCAUCCAUCCAUCCAUCCAUCCAUCUAUCCAUCUAUCACAUCUAUCUAUCCAUCCAUCUAUCCAUCUGUCCAUCCAUCCAUCCAUCCAUCCAUCAUAUUCUGUCCACAUCCAUCCAUCCAUCUAUCCAUCCAUCCCAUUCUGUCCACAUCCAUCCAUCCAUCCAUCCAUCCAUCCAUCAUCCAUCUAUCAUAUUCUGUUCAUCCAUCCAUCCCAUCUAUCCAUCCAUCCAUCCAUCACAUUCUGUCUAUCUAUCCAUCCAUCCAUCCAUCCCAUCUGUUCACAUCCAUCCAUCUAUCUAUCUGUCAUCCACAUUCCAUCACAUCCAUCCAUCCAUCUAUCAUCCAUCCAUCCAUUCAUAUCUAUCUCCAUCCAUCCAUCCAUCAUCCAUCUAUCUAUCCACAUCCAUCCAUCCAUCCAUCCAUGUAUCCAUCUAUCUCAUCCCAUCCCAUCCACAUCCUCCAUCCAUCCAUCCCAUCCAUCAUCCAUCCAUCCAUCCAUCCAUCCAUCCAUCCAUCAUCCAUUCUGUUCCAUCCAUCCAUCCAUCUAUCCAUAUUCUGUCCAUCCAUCCAUCCAUCCAUCCAUCACAUCCAUCCAUCCAUCCAUCCAUCCAUCAUAUUCUGUUCAUAUCUAUCUAUCCAUCCCAUUCUGUCCACAUCCAUCUAUCCAUCCAUCCAUCAUCAUAUUCUGUCCACAUCCAUCCAUCCAUCUAUCCAUCCCAUCCCUGUCCACAUCCAUCCAUCCAUCUCAUUCUGUUCAUCCAUCCAUCUAUCCAUCUAUCUAUCCAUCUAUCUAUCCCAUUCUGUCCACAUCCAUCCAUCUAUCUAUCCAUCCAUCAUCCAUUUCCAUUCUGUUCAUAUCCAUCCAUCCAUCCAUCUAUCCCAUUCUAUUCAUAUCACAUCUAUCCAUCCAUCCAUCUAUCUAUCCAUCUCAUUCUGUUCAUAUCUAUCUAUCUCUCAUCUAUCCAUCCAUCUAUCUAUCUAUCUAUCUAUCUCAUUCUGUUCAUAUCUAUUCAUCUAUCUAUCCAUCUAUCCAUCUAUCUAUCUAUCUAUCUAUCUCAUUCUGUUCAUAUCUAUCUAUCUAUCUAUCUAUCUAUCUAUCUAUCUAUCUAUCUCAUUCUAUUCAUAUCUAUCUAUCUAUCUAUCUAUCUAUCUUCCACUCCCCUAAUUGCUUUUGUCUUUCUCACUUUUCUGCUCCUUUCUCUCGGCCAUUUUUAUUUUUUUUUAUUUUUUCAUCAUUUUCUUUCUUUAGUAUUUUUCCUGUCUACUCUUCUGUCAGUUCUUCACCAUUUUCCCAUUCUUUUUUCUAAACUCUCUUUUUUCUUUGGCUACCGAUUCCAUUAUUUCUCGUUUUUUUUUUUUUUUUUUUUUUCCUUUUCCCUCGGGUUUCCCACUUUUUUUUCUUCUUUUACUUGCAUGUCUUUUACUUUCUUCUCUUUUCUUAUCUCCCUUUCUUUCAUCCUUCUUCCUGAACUUGCCAUUUUUUCGUGUUUUUCCUUCAUUUCUUACGCCUUUAUUUCUCUUUCAUUUUCUUCGACAUCAAAUUAUUCUUGCUUUUUUUUUUUUUUCCUUUUUCGCAUUUCUUCUCUUUUUUUCAUUUUUCUUCUUCUCACCUUCUUUCUUUUCUUCUUCCUUUCUUUCCAUGUUCGUUGUCUACAUGUCACUUUUUACAGCUCCUUUCUUCCCACGUUCCUUCUUUUACACUCACUUUCUCUAUUGUCUCCUCCUCUCUUUUUAUAUCUCUCUUUUAUCCUCUCCUUCUAUUUUUUUUUCUACACUCUUUUCUCUUUGUCACCUCACUGUUUCACAUACAUUUUAUAUUAUUAG